UCCAAGUGACUGUCAGACAGUAUUUUUACCCCACAAUACAGUGUGCUACUGCAUAACACGUUCGCAUAUGCUCACACACAUACACAUAAACACACACACACACAUGCACACACAUGCUUACACACACACACAAACACUGUUUGCAUGUAAAAGCUAAUUAGUUUGUCAGAAGCUUACAUACAUACACACAGACACGAACACAAACGCCAAGACAAGCAACAGGCAUAUUUAAGCACGCAUAGAAACAUACAAACGUUUCACAUACUCGAGCUGCCUGUGGAUUAUGAAGUCGUGCCUACGGCGUGAAUUUUCUACACAGAAUAUUUGGUUUUCCUAUCCGAAGGCUGAGGCGUUUUACUUACCACAGUGGAAAUGGUCUCGCAUCGUAUUUGCAAUGUACCGCGUCAGCCUGGCGUUUUACACAAUGGCCUGUCUGCUGGAUUACGUCAUCGUGAUGUCGCAUGGCAGUUCACCAGUCAGUCACAAUAUCAUGGCUUACAUGACAACCUGGACCUACUCACUCCUUGUAUUACACUUUAACAUGGCAGCCGUGAUAACACUGUUCUGUAUGUGGAAGGAGAAGCGGGGUACAAACAGAGUAAUCGACACGGUCAAACCCACCAGCAUUCGUCGACUGACCCUACCGAGUGGACUCUACGACCAAAAGUCAAUCAAUCCGGAUAUAUAUUUUCAUGGUAAGUCGGAACUGGAAGCAGGUUUUCAGGUGGAUAUAAAAGCGAAUUUCAGUGUGGAAGCUGAUCGAAGUACGUGGUACAUGAAACUAUCAUGGCUUGUCUUUAGCGUUGUAUUCAACUGGGCCAUCAUCGUCACACUUAUAUUCUUCGGUGCUAUCUAUCCUGGAUUUAUACAGAAUGAACCGUGUCCAGUAAUAUCGUUUGAAGACAUCAACAUCCAUGCCCUGAACACGGUGUUCGUAAUACUUGAGGUAAUUCUGUGCGCCUACCCCGUCCGUCUUUACCAUGUUCUUUAUUCCAUUUUUUACGGUAUGAUAUACUUAGUGUUCAAUAUAUGUUAUUGGUCCUCGGACCGCGAAAAUAAUAUAAUUUAUCCAGGAAUUUUGGACUGGAACUAUCCCUGGACGUCAUUAGUAAUGGCGCUACUGCUGGCGUUCGUGAUCACACCGUUUCUUCAGCUUGUGCAUUUUGUCCUCUAUCAUAUACGUUGCUUUUUGUUUCGAAAGAUUUAUGGUCAUGAAUAUAUAUACAGAAGACGGCCUUCUGCCUUGAAAAAGACAAUUUCAACAGACACAAAUGGAAACACCAAAGAUUUUGGUGUUUUACCGAGAGACGAUUCAACAGCGCCUAUGAUUUCCACAAUUAUACCGAUGGCUACUGAGCAUUUAACUCCUAUAAAAAUAGCCCUACCAAUACAGACGCUUUACAUUCCAGAAAUUUCCAGGAUUUAAUCCCUCACGCGUUGCAAACAAAGAAAACAAAUAUAAAAAUAUUUGCAAUAUUUUGUUUCGUCACUUUAUGUUCUGAAUUCAAAUCCCUCCGAAAUAAACUUUGCCUUUCAUCCUUCCAGAAUCGAUGAAAUAGAGCACCAGUAUAGUACUGGAAAUUGAUUUAACUAACUGUAUAUCCUUCCUACCAAAAUGUGUGGCCUUGAACCUAUCUUAGAAAUCAUCGUCCUCAUCAUCAUCAUCAUCAUCAUCAUCAUCAAUUAUUAUUAUUAUUAUUAUUAUUAUUAUUAUUAUUAUUAUUACUAUUAUUAUUGAGUAAUGCCAAAGAGAGAAUUUAAAUGCAGUUUUGAUACCAGGCGAAGCAUUCAACAUUUGAGAGCUAAAUCUCGUGACGCAAAAUCGCUGUUUGCUUUAUUUUUGAACUGAAUCGCUCUGAUACAAAUCACCACAAGCUUUUCUUUUCUUUUUAUUUUUAUUAAGCUUCUGAUGAGCAUAUUUAUUGUCUGGCAGAGGGGACAAGAGCUUUCGGAAAGCUUGACCUGAUCCAAUGUACAUAUGCAAACUAUUGUGAAGGCGUAUGGACUAGUAGUUUACGCGUUCGGCUCCCGUUCAUAAGGUCGUGGUUUCAAUUCUUGGAACGCGCGGCAUGUUGUCUCUUUAAGCAAAUCGCUUCAAUAUCACAUUACCCCAGACUUCUCAGCUGUCAUAAGCUCCAAUACAAUCCGGGAGCUGGUGCAGCCGCCUUUAUCUUCAGUUGUACCUUCCAUCGUGACUGUGUCGUUGGAUCAAGGCUAAAGAGAGUCUAAGAUCUGUCUACGUCUGCUCGCCGCUGUGUAGGUAUAUAAAAAGAAUUAGAGAAAGCACGGUACUUGUUACUAAGUGAUACUCGUUCGCGAGUGACUGUUGGCUAUAACAUACUGUACUGCGCUAUACAAAACUCUCACUGGUUCCAGGUUACACACUUUCGUUAAACCAGGCCUUAUUGAAACUCAGUAUAAUUAAUUUUGUAUUACUUUUGUUAUUUUCGGCGGGUUCUGUUGUAUAGAACGAAAUGCCUUAAAAUGGAUAGGCUAAAAGCUCAAGUCUCACUUGAAGUAACAGCAAAUAUAUCUAUCUGCGUGGGUGGAGAGGGUACACAAUAAAUUCGCUUGAUUUUGUCUUUCAACAUCCUAAUGUAUGUAAAUAUAUGUAAAUACAAAUGUAUAUAUGUAUAUAUAUGUAUACGUAUAUAUGUAUAUAAUACAUAUAAUAUAUGCGCAUGUAUGUGUAUGUGUAUGUGUAAUAAUUGAAAUGAGGAUAUGAGAAAUUCUGAUUGAUGUUACAAUCGUUUCAGUAAACGAACAAUUUUUUAUUCUAUUUUAUUUUAUGCGUAUUGGACUAUACCUUGGAUUUGCAAAGUAGUCCCUUUUAUAAUCUACUGGAAUUUAACUGAUGUUUAUUCCAGUUAACUGAACACUAUACUAACCAGGUUAUUUCACGAAAUGGUAUCGAGGUGAUAGCAUGGA